CUCUAAUCAGUGUGUACGCAGCGGCCGCAGGAGUAGGACGCACCGUAGCUCAACCCAAAUUCAUAGCUGCAAUAACGUUUUAUGGACACCGUAUUGGCAUAUGUUGGGAAUAUUUGCACUCAUCCACUAGACUUAGGUGGAUUUUAUUUUUCUUCUUCAUUCCCGGAUCAUUGUCUCGUUUUUUUGGACAGCUGAUGUGCCUAUAGAAGAGACGUGGGAACAGGAGACAAGUGCGCAGUGCUCACAGGGAAAACGGCAGCACCGUAGGGAUUGAGGUGGUUUCUUAUAACCCACCUGGCUUGUUCAACUGUUCAGUUGGUGCGUGGAACUCGGCUGUGGAAAACAUACAUGGUAACUGCAGAGUACGAGGAGAAUUCUAAUGAACCCGGCGCUGCGUCCUACUGACGCGGACACAGUCCACCAAUGCUGCAGGGCAAAACGAGGACCAACCAGCCAGUGCACGGCGGACCUGUGAACAAUACCUUGAUAUUACGUUUGUUGAUAUAAUUGUUGUGGAUUCAUCGACGCGCAUAGUGAACACUGAAACGCUUUAUUAGGCCAUCACAUAGGUGCCGCAGAGGAGCUAGACGUUGCUCUCACCUAUUGAAAAUGGGCAACAGUUUCUCUAACAUAUCAGCUUUCCAAUCCCUGCACAUUGUGAUGCUGGGUUUGGAUUCGGCUGGCAAAACAACUGUUCUUUAUCGUCUGAAAUUCAACGAAUUUGUAAACACUGUGCCGACAAUUGGAUUCAACACAGAGAAAAUCAAACUCAGUAAUGGCACAGCAAAGGGAAUCAGUUGUCACUUUUGGGACGUUGGAGGCCAGGAGAAGCUCCGGCCCCUAUGGAAAUCUUAUAGUCGGUGCACUGAUGGGAUAAUCUAUGUGGUGGACUCGGUAGAUGUGGACCGGUUGGAGGAGGCUAAAACAGAACUACAUAAAGUCACCAAAUUUGCAGAGAACCAAGGGACACCGCUGCUGGUGAUAGCCAACAAGCAGGACCUGCCCAAAUCUCUUCCAGUUGCAGACAUUGAAAAACAGCUAGCUCUCCAUGAGCUUACUCCAUCCAUCACUUACCAUGUCCAACCUUGCUGCGCCAUAAUUGGUGAGGGACUUCAUGAGGGUAUGGACAAACUAUAUGAGAUGAUUGUCAAAAGGAGAAAAUCUUUAAAGCAAAAGAAGAAACGAUAACGACCAACUAUGGGUAGUUGACUCCUGGGUCUGAGCUUAGAGAAGAGGAUUUUCAUGAUGGGUUCUCUGAGCUCAGGAUCCUCCAAUAUGAUUUACCAUUAGCCUGCUCUGCAAACAUUAUAAUGUAACAAUAUAUAUAUAUAUAUA